AUGGCUUUUGCAAAGCCUGGUGACCUCAGAGGCUCUGCUCUGCCUGACGACGUUGGCUGUGAUCUGCGCAUCAAGCCAUUGAGUUCAGUAGUGCGGGAUAAACGAUGGAAGAUCCUGGUCGCUAUUAAGUAUAUUCGCAUUCCAUACCGCGAGUCGGCUGUGCUCGAUCGUAGACACGCUGCGGAUCCGCGCGUGAAGAUGAUUACUAUGAAAACGCGAAGCUUAGCUCCUGUACCAAGGCCCGCUGUCGUUGAAGAAUCUACACCAAGGACCAUAGCAUGA